AUGUGCAAACACGUCCUCAACGCCCAGGUCGCCAUCCGCUCGCCAUGCUGCAAGAAGUGGUUCGACUGCGCCGAGUGCCACCAGGAGACGGCUGACCACCCGCUGCUGCAGAGCUUCGAGAUGAUCUUCAUCUGCAAGAAGUGCAAGAAGGCCUUCCGCAAAGACGCACGCGAGUUCGAGGACAGCGACGAGUACUGCCCGCACUGCGACAACCACUUCGUUCUGGACGCCCUCACACCCAAGGCCUCCCUGAAUGUCGAGGGAGAGGAUGCACGCGUCGACAACAGGAUGAUCAAGGACGAGCGCCAGAGGCAGAAGGACAUGCGCACCAUCUUCGACGUCGAGGAUGCACCCCACAAGCUCGGGUGAGAGGCAGGAAGGAUGCGCCGCACCGCUUCAACCACCACGUCGCACAGACAGCGCCGAGUCGAG